AUGAACUGGAGGCUGCUCACUCAGCGUGCGACUGUGAGCUGCCUCUUCUCUCCUGUCACAAGAGAGAGCAGUGUACCAAGGAGAGCAGAGGACCAGUGGAGAGCAGAGGACCAGUGGAGAGCAGAGGACCAGUGGAGAGCAGAGGACCAGUGGAGAGCAGAGGAUCAGCGGAGAGCACAAGACCAGUGGAGAGCAGAAGACCAGGAGAGAGCAGAGGACCUGUGGAGAGCAGAGGACCAGUGGAGAGCAGAGGACCAGUGGAGAGCAGAGUACCAGUGGAGAGCAGAGGACCAGUGGAGAGCAGAGGACCAGUGGAGAGCAGAGUACCAGUGGAGAGCAGAGGACCAGUGGAGAGCAGAGGACCAGUGGAGAGCAGAGGACCAGUGGAGAGCAGAGGACCAGUGGAGAGCAGAAGACCAGGAGAGAGCAGAGGACCUGGGAGAGCAGGGGACCAGCGGUAGCAAGAGAUCAGGGGAGAACAGGCUGACCAGGCAUGACGGAAGCCAAGUAACUGAGUGGAAAAGUUAA